AUGAGUUUCGAACGACCUUCUUAUGCGCCGGACCUUGCUUGGAGAAUACUUGCCCUCUCCCUCAUCUCAUAUCUUACUUAUCGAGUUGCAACCACGGCAUACGAUGUCUGGUUUGGGCCUCUUUCCAAGUUUCCAGGUCCGAAGUGGUGGGCUGCAAGCAACUUGCCACUCAUAUACAUGAUCUGGACUGGACAAGACACUCAGACGAAAUCCCGCCUUCAUGAGUUGUAUGGUCCAACCGUACGCGUUUCCCCUACAGAGAUCAGCUACAUCGAUGCAGAAGCCGAUGGCCAAGGCUUGUCAGCGAAACAUGCCUUUAAGCAGGUCUACGGUCACCAGUUAUCCGGCAAGAGAAGUUUUGCGAAAGAUCGUCGUCUCUAUGCCGUGCCCGUCAAUGGAACUACCUCUAUACUCAGUUCAGAUGAUGCUAGCCAUGCCCGACAGCGACGGGUCCUAUCGCAUGCAUUCUCCGACAAGGCAUUGAAGGAAGAGGAACCACUUUUCAAACGCUGGGCAAGCCUGCUUGUAGGAAAACUCGAAGCAUUGUCCUUUACCGAAGCUCCAAUCGACCUGGUGGCCUAUUUCAACUAUACCACAUUCGAUAUAAUGGCCGACCUGACAUUUUCGGAGAGCUUGGGUAUGCUUGAAGGGUCCGAAUACUCUCCAUGGGUUGCUACAAUCUUCGCCUCAAUCAAAUCCAUGACCAGGCUUCGUGCGAUCAGGUUGUUGCCGGGCAUGACCACUCUUCUCGACGUCUUGUUGGGAAAUACGAUCCGCAAGAAACAGGUCAACCAUUUCAAGUACUCUGCCGAUCGCGUUGAUCGUCGACUUGCAAGCACGCCCUCCAGCCCAGACUUGUGGAGCUUUGUUCUGAAAAAGGCUGGACAGGAAGGCGGAAUGUCGUUGAGUGAGAUGCACAGCAAUUCAGCCAUGUUCAUGAUCGCAGGUACCGAAACAACUGCGACGUUGCUGAGGUAUGUUGUAGCACGCAUAUUCUUUUCUAUCGCUGACACGAGGUUGUNNAGUGGAUUGACAUAUCAUCUCCUGCAGAAUCCAGCAAGGACAGAGCGACUCACACGGGAGCUGCGUUCUGCCUUCGUCCGUGAUACAGACAUCACGAUCGAGGCGUUACAACAACUCCCAUACCUUUCGGCUUGUAUUGAAGAAGGCAUGAGAUUGUAUCCACCAAUUCCGACUGGAUUGCCCCGGCAAGUUCCAAAAGGUGGCGCGUGGAUAUGUGGAGAAUAUGUUCCGGGAGAUGUAACUGUUUCGGUGAGCCAAUGGGCGACAUACCACUCAGAAUCCAACUUUUACAAUGCAGGAAGCUUCAUUCCAGAAAGAUGGUUAGGCGAAGACGCGCGCUUCGAGCACGACAACCAUGCUGCCUUUCAGCCAUUCUCGGUAGGGCCUCGCAAUUGCAUAGGGCGCAACCUUGCAUAUCACGAGUGCCGGUUGUUGUUGACAGAGAUGUUCUGGAACUUCGACCUGCAACUGAUGGAUGAAAGUAGGAAUUGGCUUGACCAGAAGGUCUUCUCAUUCUGGGACAAGCCACCACUAUGGGUCAAGCUGAGACGAGUGGUCCGGUGA